AUGCAAGAACCUAUAGCUACACUUUUCUUUUCUCAAUUGACAAACCAUGAGAAAAACAUUACUGAACAUGAAGUAAAUGAAGAUGAUGCCAUGGUUUCCUUUGCCGAGUUGCAAUUCAAUCCAGAUGAAGAAGAUAUACUUGAUAAUUUUAUCAUGUCGGGUAAGAAAUUCAAGAUUCUAAACUCUAAGAUGAAUUCGAUACUUCAAUUUUUGGCUGACACUGGAAGAAAGAAUUCAGUUAGUGGUGUUGAAGUGGAAUAUCUUUUGAAGUAUCAAGAGUCUCGAUUGAAAACUUUUUUUUGA